GUUUAUAAAAAAGCAGCAAGCCAGCAGCAGAAGCAGAAGAAAAAGAAGAGAAAUUGAAAUGGAAGCAGAAACCUCAUUUUUGAAAAACAGAUACUGGGUUUUGAGGCAUGGCAAAAGCAUUCCAAACGAGCGAGGUCUCAUCGUUUCUUCUCUGGAAAACGGCAUUCUUACUGAAUACCAAUUAGCCCCUGAUGGCAUCAAUCAAGCACAGUUAGCUGGAGAAUUGUUUCUCAAGGAACUGAAGGAAAGGAACAUACCUCUUGAACAUGUCUGCAUCUGCUACUCCCCUUUUGCAAGAACAAGUCACACUGCUGAAGUGGUUGCAUCUGUUCUGAACAUACCAUUUGAAGGCCCUCAAUGUAAGGUGAUUGAAGAUCUUCGAGAACGUUACUUUGGUCCUCUUUUUGAACUAAUGUCACAUGAAAAGUAUCCAGAAAUAUGGGAACUCGAUGAGAAAGAUCCAUUCAUGCAACCAGAUGCUGGAGAAAGUGCUAAUGAUGUUGCUACUAGACUUGCAAAUGCCAUGGCAAAUAUGGAGUCAGAAUUUCAAGGCUGUGCAGUACUGAUUGUCAGCCAUGGUGAUCCCUUGCAAAUCUUGCAAACAAUACUAGAUGCAGCUAAGCAGCACAGAGGAUCUACUUGUAAUAACUUGGCAUCUAUAAUUCAAGCAGUCAAAGUCCCUUCUAUCUUGUCUCAGCACCGGAAGUUUGCCUUGCUUACUGGAGAGCUUCGGCUGGUGAUAUAGAUCCAGGAAUUUGUUUAUGUACUGGCGGAAUUGGUAAAGUACUUCUCAGUUGGAUGAUGAGCGUCAUAUCAAUAAUCUAUGCCUUCAGUCCAGGAAUAGACCUUAUGGUGUCGGCACAGCAUUUAUUAUUUUUCCUUAGAAAAUUUUCAUUUCCUUGUAAUAGAUUUUUGCAUCAGUCAGACUAGAAAAUUUAAACCAAUUUGUUGAGGUUGGAUUAUGAUAUUUAACUAUCGAUAUAAUCCAGAAAUUAUCGAUAUAUUUAACUCUC